AGUUUAUAAACCUAUAAUGUUAUAAAAGUCACCUUACUUUGUGUUCUCUUCAUUGCUUCCUGUUUCUUUAUGGUUAAAUUUAAAGUGGUUGUGGUGUGUGUAUCAGUUCUGUUAUAGUCACUCAUGAACACAGACAUGAUGCUGCUCGUCCUCUCAAUCUUUACACUGUUUCUACAGAUUCAUACACAGCAAACAUUUGAUCCGUCCAGGUUAACAGUAUCUCAAGCAUCAGUGUAUAAAGAGUCCAAUACAGUUCAGCCCAAAACUGACAGGUCAACAGACGUACAGAAAGAUACACAAGAAGCAUCAUCCAAACCAUCUCUCUUUACCUCAGUAACAGCUUACAAUAAGAGACCGACAUUUACAGUCAUACAUGAUUAUCAGCUCGGUGAAUUUAGAUUUGACUGUGAAAUACCAGGAUCAGAAAACACUGGUUAUAUCUGUUAUCUGUUGAUAGGAGACGAUAAUAAACAACUUUUAAAGACAGGGUCUUAUGAAAGGUCUGGAAAAAUACAGUGUAUAUUUACAAUCUCUGAAAAUUCAUUGUUCAUUCGACUGCAGUCAGUUAAGAUUAAAUCAGUGAGCUGUAAUUAUUCUCCAAAAACUGAUUUAACUAAAAGGUCACCAAACAGUGACAAAUACAAUCUAACAGCUUUUAUUCCUGUGCAAAAUCACAAAGUCACCCAGCAUCAGACACCAAACACAACACAGAGAUCAACAACAUAUUCAACACAAAGUUUCUCCACGAUCACACCUGCAACAGUUACACAAAAAACCGCUACACCCUUAAAGCCUCUCAAUGUUUCAUGGAGCACCACAGAAGGUCUUAAUACUUCAACUCAAACAGCAGGUCUUGGAGCACAAAUUCGGCUUUUGAUGGUGAUAGUCACCAGUGGAGGUGUUUUCCUGAGCGGACUCAUGGGUGUUUGUCUGAUCUGUUUUAUCAGACAAAAACCAUUGAAGAAGAGUCCUAUGAAUCCUUCAGUGGCAUCCACACAUCAAUCACCAGAUGAAGCUGAAGAACAUGAGGAACUAUCUGAAGAAAACGAGGAUAAAGUUUAUCACGUGUACUGCACGAUUCCUGACAUCUCUACAGAACAUCGUACAUUUUAUAGUUUAGCACAGAUGGCAAACCAACCUCUGUGAAUUUAAUGUCUUUCUAAUGUUAUCAUCAUUUCAUCAUGUCUUUAUAGCCAUGUGCUUUUAUUUGUCAAAAACAUGAAUUUAUUUAGCCAUGUUAAAGCA